GGCUACAUGCAUAUCAAUGUAACUUUUGUGAACGUGAACAUGAUGAGUGGGUGUGAGAGCGGAAAGCUGGGCAGCUGGAUGUCAAAGGGUUACAAAUACAUGAGUUCCCCAGAGUGGUUCAGUGCAGACCCUGAGCAAUGAGCAGAUGCAUGUUGUCAUAGCAAUGACUGCAGUGUGUUUUUACAGUAGGCUCCUCCAGGACCCAAACUCAGUGUUUAAUAAGCAAAAUGGAUGUUGUAGGAUAAUCAAUCACGUUAUCAUAAAAUGUCUACUCCUUUCAACAUGUCAUCUAAUGUGAAAUUCAGAGAUAAGUGUAUUAACCUGACACAGGUUUCAUGGUUGUGGACGUGCAACAGGUGGUUUAUCUGAAUUAUCCUUGUUUUGUUAUUAUUUUUUCCCCUUUAAGGAUCCUUAACCUCUCCUCCUCCCACGCAGACCUCCCAGGCGCUCCUCUCCGCAAACCGCUCAGUAGUAAAAAAAAAAAAAAAAACGUGAGAUAACUGUGAAGAUGAUGAGGGGAGAUACAGUGUGUGGGCAACAGUAGUUCAUAAUCGGCUGCUUGGUGGAGAGGAAGGCAUCCGUAUGACGGUGUGAGGAGCGUCCUGGACACACACAGCCUCUUCCGAAAGAACCGCCAGUGGAAGAGGAGAGGAUCUGUCUCUUCAUGACAGCUUGACACAUUCAAAGGCAGAAACAGGUUUCCCACGAGACCUGCCUCCUGGACCAGGUGCUGGAGCUGAUUAUGAACGAGAAGCCCCCCACCAGUGCCAGUCUUUUCCUUAACGAGGACGCGGACAAACCCCCCCUGCCAGAGAGAGGAGACUUGAGGAGGCGUUUACGCAGGGCAAUGGAGAGGAGAGCCAGCAGCAUGAAGGAGAGGAUAAGCUCCAUCAGCAGGGACAGCGUCAAAGGUUUCUUCAAGCGGAACCUGUUCGUUCUGUUCACCGUCGCCGCCGUGGCUUUGGGUGUAAUCCUGGGCUUUGCUUUACGCCCCCACAACCUGUCCCUGAGGGAGAUCAAGUACUUUGCCUUUCCUGGGGAGCUCCUGAUGAGAAUGCUGCAGAUGCUGGUGCUGCCUCUCAUUGUCUCCAGUCUGGUCACAGGCAUUUCCUCCUUGGACAGCAAAGCGUCAGGUAAAAUGGGUGUCCGUGCCGUGGUCUACUACAUGGUGACCACUCUGAUUGCUGUGUUCAUCGGCAUUGUCAUUGUGAUAAUCAUCCGGCCGGGGAAAGGCAGCAGAGAUAGUCCUGUUGCCAACAGUGGAAACAUUGAACCAGUUCAGGCUGCUGAUGCUUUUCUGGAUCUUAUCAGGAACAUGUUUCCUCCAAAUCUGGUAGAAGCUUGUUUCAAGCAGUAUAAAACUGUGUACAAGAAGAUUGUUCAUACGAGAAACGUGACAGUGACCCUGAACAUCACUGACUCUGUCAAUGUGACAGAGUCUAAUCUGAGCGUGAACCUCAGCAGGGUGCUGCGCACCAUACAGGAGACAGUGGAGGAGACAGUUCCUGUGUCUGGCUCCUCUGGUGGAGUGAACGCUCUGGGUCUGGUGGUCUUCUCCAUGUGCUUCGGUCUGGUCAUUGGCAACAUGAAGCAGCAGGGCCAGGCCCUCAGGGACUUCUUUGACUGUCUGAAUGAAGCCAUCAUGAGGCUGGUGGCCAUUAUCAUCUGGUACGCUCCAGUGGGCAUCCUGUUCCUGAUUGCAGGGAAGAUUGUGGAGAUGAAGGAUCUGGCAGAGAUGGGCAGUCAACUGGGGAUGUACACUGUGUCAGUCAUUGUGGGACUCCUAAUCCAUGGCCUCUUUGUUCUGCCGCUGCUUUACUUCCUGGUGACCAGGAGGAAUCCCUAUAGCUUCAUCGGUGGUCUGCUACAGGCACUCAUCACAGCUCUGGGAACCUCAUCCAGCUCUGCUACUCUGCCCAUCACCUUCCGCUGUCUGGAGGAGAACAACCAUGUGGAUAAAAGAGUGACACGCUUCGUCCUCCCUGUGGGCGCCACCAUCAACAUGGAUGGGACCGCCCUCUAUGAGGCUGUGGCAGCCAUCUUCAUUGCUCAAGUCAAUGACAUGGACUUAAACUUUGGCCAGAUUCUUACCAUCAGUAUCACAGCUACUGCUGCCAGCAUCGGAGCAGCAGGCAUCCCUCAGGCUGGCCUGGUUACCAUGGUGAUCGUAUUGACAUCGGUGGGACUGCCCACAGAGGACAUAACACUGAUCAUCGCUGUGGAUUGGUUCUUGGACCGCUUGCGUACCACUACCAAUGUGCUGGGUGACUCGCUUGGGGCCGGCAUCGUGGAGCACCUGUCCCGCAGCGAGCUGCAGAAUCAGGAUGCUGAGGUAUGCAACUCUGUGAUCGAGGAGAACGAAAAGCCCUACCAGCUCAUCUGCCAGGAAAAUGACUCUCUCAACCACCGCAAUAGUGAGACCACGAUGUGAAAAAAUAAACCUCACCCAAAGGGCUUAAUGUACCAAAAGCAUUUUAGCUAGAAGGUUGGCUUGCAAUGGUGCUGGGGCAGUUUUAGAGGAAAAAUUGUUGAAUCUAGUGCCAGUGCUCGGGGUUCCCAGAGUAUCCUAAACUCUCAUCUUACCCUCAAAUACAAAUAGUUGUCUGGGAAAUAAGGCAAUACAAGUCCUGGCCUGGGGCUACUUGGUGACAGGAAAUGAGUCCACAUGCUAUUUAGGAAAGGUUACAUAUCCACUGCCAACACUCUGAUUCAGUGCCAGUUAUUUUGGGUUAUUUUGAAUAGCCCAACAUGUCAAAUAAAGUUUAAAGUCAUUUAAAAAACAUUUUCAGGUUCAUCAAGUUUCCAAAUAUUUUCAUGAUUUAUGAUCCAUACACAGUCAUAAAACUUCCCACCAGCAUCAGUGUUAGAAUACACAGUAUUAUUGCAGAGAAACACCUGUGAAUAUGUAAAUCAUCAUCACUCUGCUAUUUCUGUUGCAUGACCUAACUCUUCGUUGCAAAUAGUGUUUUUGUCAUACUCAAACAUCAUGACUACCUCUAAUAGGACCUUUAGAUACAGCGAUACACACAAAUACUCAAUGAAGCAUAUCAACGGGAUGUAAAUACAGAAUUUGCUCAGUUAUUUUAGGUAUCAAUAUUUAAGUUUGAAAUAGUUUUAUGGUAUUUAUGUUUGCUUGCACAAAAACACUGGAUUAUGAUGAGAAGGAGAAUCUUCGCUGCUUAUUAUUUUGAGGUUGAUAUAGUUCAAGUGACUUGGUAGAAUGUUUCUCACUCAGUGCUUUCUUAUAAAUAUUAUAAUUGUAAGUAUUUCUUUGGUGCUAUUGCUUUUAAACUAUGGGCACAGGACUGUACUGCUACACACUAAUUUUAGAGUAAUAAUACUUGUACUGAGAACUGUUAAAUUUUCUUUCUGUCAUUCUAUUUCUAGGAGAGGGAAAUAUCACAUAAGGUAAUGAUCAAUUUUUAUUUAUUCCCUUUCAAAAGUUCCUGUUUUUCAAUUUUAAGGUUACCAAGAGGAGACGUUUCAAGAGCAUUAGGAAGCAUUUUGUUGUUGGUCACCUGCCUGUGUUUUCUGCAUCAUAUGACAAACAAAACCUGUAACUUGGAUUUGUUAUAUUUUGACUGGAAUAAUAUAUUGCAAGUUAAUCACUGAUUUAUUUUUAUUGUUUUGUGAAAAUAUAUUGUGAAUGCUUUGAGGAAUUGAAUGUACAUUAGCUUUAUGCUUUUUGGUGUUGAUUGUUUUAGAGGAAAUUGUAGUGCAUAAUUAUGAAAAUGAAAAGGUGUAUACAGUUUAAGUGAAAGUGCUCAUGACCUUGUGUCCCUUUUAUGCUCACUGAGAGGUUUGACUUCAGUUUUGAUGCUUGAUGUGAUUUCAGUAAAAAAUGUUAUUUCUCAUGGAAGAGCAGCUCAACAUUGAUGGACGGCUUAUGAAAAAUGUGACAAAUAAAUGGCUCAGGAAUUGAACUGUGA